AACAACAGAGACUAGGGUUUCGCAUAUACCUUCCACAUUUUCGCCACAAAUCGAGGCGUCAGUGGCUUUGUGAAAUUUCCUUUGGGGCUUGGAAUUCCCAACUCUUCGAAGGAAGCAUCGAAACGUGCGGCGGUUCACCUGCAACAGGAUUCGAGCGACGAAGAAGCACUGAAUCCGAGCUUGUGAUGAGUGCCGAGUAAGAGUUGGGGGAAAAUUAGGUUUGAGAGGGAUUCGGGUGUGACAUUCGCGUCUCCUCUCAACGCAUUGCGAUGAGUGGGUGUUCUGGUCCUCUCUGCAGCGUGCCAGCUUCUAAUUUUCGAUGCAGCGUAAAAUUUUCGGUAUUGGAGGAUUCUGUAGGAACCAGAAUAUGGAGAACGGGGUUAUGCCAGGGAACUGUGGCGCUUAAAUCGCGUAGGUUACUUGCUCAUAACGGGAAGUUCUUUGAGGUGAAGUUGGUAGGUGAUUCAUCACGACCUGCUAGAGGUGUUGGUGUUGGCCGAAUCUGCGCAGUAAGAACUGAUGAAGAGAGACCAAGACGUCGUUCAAAAUCACCUAAUUACCCUCCACGAAGUCCUCCUGGUUCCUUAAAUUCUGACUUGGAAGAAGAGAACGUGCUUCCAUUAUUGAGAGGGGCCUCGCGAAGGGAUCCGAACAUGGAAGCGGACGGUGGUUACAUUUCAUCACUUGAUGACUAUGAUGAAGAGGAGGGAGAGUUUGAUGAAGAGGUUGACGACAAGGAGGGUGAGGGCAGGAUUGAGCCUCUACUUCGUCUAUUGAGAGGAGCCAACCGAUACAUUCUUGCAGGUAUGUUCGUUUUGGGAAUGGGGGCAGGCAUCACUGUUGAUACAGUCCUUAACGUGGAGCCUAAUAACGUUGCAUCUCGCGAAGUGAUAGAUCGUCAAACUCCAAACCCAGAUGUAUGCAUUGCUAAUGGAAUGAGCGCCAUGGUGCUAGACCAGCGCCUCUUUAUCUCUUUUAAUCCAUUCAAUGUGUACGUGUCGCAGACUGAGGUGAAGCCUGGAUGUGUCUUGAGGCAAAGUAACUGGAGUGUGCUGGAAGCCCGGGGUUUAGUGACGUCUGACGAAGUUCGAGCAUGUAAACGCAACAUGAAUACGUUUGGCUUCGUGGGCGAUCUUCGCCAAGCCCCUGAAAUCUCUUGCGUGUACCACAGUGAGAGUGCUGAGAACCAGUUUCUGAAGGACCCUUCCAAGGCCACUCUCGGUGAUGGAUACCAACCCAAAAGCUUCGGAGAAUGAGAUAAAUCACUUUGGGCAAACCUACUCGUAGAGUCAUAUUGUAGGAUCCAUAUUGGCUUAUGGUAUCUGUAUUGUAUUUUAUAACCAUGGAUUGUAUCAUAGAGGACUGGCACACGAGCUAGCAACAUUUUCGAUCGCCGCUGUGACAACUAGAGUCCAUAGCAGCAGUUUAAAGCAGUUGCAUUGAUUUAAGGAUAGACUUAUACGAUUUAUUCGGCGACCUCUAAUCAUGUUCUCAGUGGCCUACAUAGUGGUCAUUGCAGCCUCAAGUUGACGUUUUACUCGAUCAGAUGAACAGAUGUAAGGUGAAAUGAUUGUGUUCGAAGAUUGAGACUGCGUGUCACGGACAAUUUAUUUUCUUGGUGUCAAAAUUUGAGACUGUGCAACCCUUAGUCAUGGGAUGCAUUUGACGCCAUGGCAGCAGGUUUUGACUCUAGAUCAGAAAAUAAAUCCAAGUGACAAUCGGUGAA